AGUGCAAAAUUCGUUCACAUUAUGUUUAGUUGCAAAGCUGCGUGACUGUACUUCUGUCUUACAUGGUUAGUGGCUCAUUACUGGUGCCCUGUUUCCAGAUAUGCAGAAGGAGACGCUGAGACUCCUGAGGCGAAUUGAGUUGGUGCACGAUACUAUGGUAUCAAAACUUGAGCUGAUGCAAGAGGGCGUGUCGUCCCAACUUGACAUAUUGCUGGCACGGAUGUCAAAGCAGCCGGAUAUCAUCGAAGAUGAUGUUGAACCAGUUCCCUUUACCUCAUUGAAGGAUUUUCAGGACUUUGACAAGUCACUUGGACAGUCAGCUUCAAAGCGGAAGGCACUCAAAAACAAGUGGAAAAGAUACGGAGGACGCAGUGCGAAGGACGCCACAACAAGAAUAUUGAAUAUGUUGAUGCUGGACAAUGUUGCCGUUAAUUACAGUUGGGAAGGCAAGAAGGGAAAGUCGAAGUUUAAAGAUCUGUGGUGCUGGGCAGUUAUGCGUGAAGCUUUGAGAGAGAAUAAGAAUUUUGGAGGCGCUUCUGACUACGAGGGAGAACAAGCCAUCAAGUCGUGGCUCCGCCACGCGAGCGAACGUCUCUACAAAAAGAACCGUAUGGGUGAAGCAGAUUCCGGAGGUCAUCCCGAUUCCCCGAAUUCCGGAGGCCACUAGUUGGACACUCAUCUUUUGGGCGAACUUCUCAAAGUUUUCGUGUCUUUUUCGUAUCCCAGGAUGACACGGGGGAGUUUUCCAGCCACAGAUUGCAGCUCUUACACAGCCGUGUCCAGUUAUUCUGGUCCAUAAAAAAUGCAUA